AUGCCGGUCUAUAUGCUCCACGGCUUCCGCUGGCCCCGCGCCGGGUUCACGGGGAUCCGCGUAUACAUCGUACUCCACAACCUGGAAGAAGCAGCAGCGGAAUACAUCCAGCAACCGCUGACGACCGAGCUUAUCGCAGAAUCCUUCCACAAAACCCAAGCGGACCUGGUGACCCGGCUGCCAGAGCUGUCGUUUAUCGAGCAGUAUGACCCCGCCGACGAGACGAGUGGCACCGUCAGCCAGGACCAUGCGUAUAUUUCAACGCGGGUUCUGGAGAUGCCGGAGGACGGGGGUGGUGGUGGCGCCGGAGAGAAUAUCGAUUGCGUGGAACAGGGCUCUGGGUUGACGGACGACCAGAUGGCGGCGCUGGAGGAAUUGCGCGAUCGCCUAGCUCCCGGCGAGAAAAUCGGCUGGUAUCUUGUCUACAAUGGGGAUCCGGAACGGUGGUAUCCUGAUUCCGAGGAGGAGGAUUACGGGUCUGAAGAUGAGUCUGAGGAUGAGAGCCAGACUCGGCGCCAGAGUCAGGCUCAGAGCCAGGCGCAGAGCCAGAAGGGGGGUAGUCCGAAAGAGCCUCCUAGGCCGCAGAGCUAUACGACUCGUCUGACGAGGUUUUUCAAUCGGAUGAGCUCGGGGUGA